AUGGAGGAGAUUUCAUGCAUGGCAUCCAGUGAUGUUGACAAGAAGGAUUUAGGAGAGUUGUUUAAAGUUUUUGGCUCUGAGUUUUCUCUUCAGGACAUUUCAUCAGCUUAUGUCAGGACCAACUGUAAUAAAAAUCUGGCUUGUGAAAUUCUUUGUGGAAUGUAUGGUAGUAACUCUACUUCUGCUAAUACUGGCAAAUCAGAGGCUGAAAAUGCAGUAUCUUUGAAGUUGGCAUCUGGAGGAGACAGUAUGAGAGCAGUGUCAUCAGAAUUGUCAUCUAAAGUCUUUAAGAUGGCUCCUAUUGGAGAAAAAGAUACAAAAGAAUUUAAAUCGAAAAGGUAUCCUGUAUCAAUGGGAACUGUUUCAGGUGUACUUGGAAAAGAAUAUGCUAAGCCCAGGUCAUUAACACAUCGUUCUGUUGAAGUUACUAAACCUUUGAAAUUAGACUCCAAAGACUUUCCGGUCUCUGAGGUGUGGAGUGAGAAAAUCCCACCAAGUAUGUUAGCAAGGCAAGGCACUAUGCAAGCUGAUAUUGAAGAAUUUAUUUUUAAAAUGCUUGGAGAUGGCUUUCAACUUGACAUGACUCUGAUUCAAGAAGUUCUUGGUAAAGCUUCUUUGUCUUUUACCCCUAAGAGUUGCCGUUGUGGUUAUGAUGUUCAAAAGAGCAUUGAUGAACUUCUUGAUUUAUCAGCGUCAACAUUGGAAAAGUCCAAUGAUGUUGUUAGCGUCGGUGCAGAAGAAUCAACUAAAAAGCGUUCAGGCGAGGAAUCCUAUUCACUUCAAGAACAGAUGCAGCAGCUACAUGGAAACCUAAGUGGUGGAGCUGGAUUGCAUGAAGAAAAUUUUACUGAUUCACAGAAGAGAGAACACAGAAGAGCUGGUCUCGAGAGGGAAAUUCUGCAGUCUUUAUUUGAUCUUCCAGAUAGAUCUGAGGAAGGACCAAAGAAACGCAUAGUGAGGAGAUCGAAUGCUUUUGGCAAACCGGUGGUUGCCCCUCUUAAGGACACUGCUAAAGAGCACAAGCCUUCAGUUGCAAAGCCACUAGCAGAUAUUAGAGGAGAAGCAGAAGGUGAUGAAAACAGCUAUGAGGUCUUUCGCAAAGCUGUGAAGGAAUAUUGGACUACAAUGAAAGAGUACUAUAAAGCUGUAAGCUUUUUACUGUAUAAACUUGUGGAAAAUAUUUUUCCAGAAGAUUAUUGCACUGCCUUAGUAGAUAUGAUGGCGGUUGAUGCAUUUGCUGAGGGCGAUCAUGCAAGGGCAGACAAACUCAUGGAUCAGGGACAAUUUUUCAACAAAAAGGCCCGAGAAGCAGACGAAAAAUCUUUUCAAAAGCUUAUGGAAACCAGAGAUGAUGAAAUAGUGUCUCUGGAUUUGCUUGGUUUUGAACCCAAGGAAGCUUUACGUUCUUUGAGACUUCAUUUAACUUCCUUUUCUGGCAUCCCAUCUAUUAAAUACCUCAGAGUCAUAGUUGAGAAUGAUGAAGAAGAUACCACGAAAGGAAAAAGGAAAAGGCUGAUUAUGAAACAACUGGAGAAAGAAUCAAUCAAAUGGACUGAUGAAGAGAAUGGUCAGAUAAUACUAAUUCAAGUGGAUGAGAUUGACCCAAAGCACUUGAGUUUUUCGAAAAAAUAA